CACCUAGACACUACCAAAACUCGUACACAACCGAAUCCACCUCAUUGAGCGGCUGACCGUGGUUCUACGAUUCGUGAACCUACUCUCUUAGGUUUUGGCAUCUUUCUGGUCCAGUCUCCUCUCUUUUGCGAUCUUUUUUGCGCUGUUUUCGGCCAAUUUUUCUACGACGAUCAUCAGCGUUUUUAGCCUACUUUAAAGCGUUUUUGACUUGUGGUUUAGGUCUCUUUUAGGUCUCUUUUAAUCUUGUCAAUCGUACUGCCCUAUUUUUUGAGCAAUUGGUUCAAAUUCGGUUGUUAAGGUUCGCUGUCGUGGUCAUACUAACGAAGCGCCUUGUCCAUUUCGUCCAUUGAUCGGCUCUUUUUUUAAGAAUUGUUUUCGUGUCCCGUUCAGUCUCUCUUUCUCUUUGGUAUUUUUGUUGAGCAGGUAAAUUGCUUCGCAUACACGUGUACGCGAAAAAUUGCUAUAGUGAAGGUGUCUGGCUACGCCUUCUCCCUAUUGUACACUGUGCUCGAGUUGCUGCACGCUCAUUCUUCCUACGUUUCCUUUUGUCUUGUUUCAGUGUCGUAUUGCCUAACGACACAUCGUGAAUCCCUGCACUUACAACCUUAAUUCCAGUUCUUCUCUGUGAUACGUGUUUUUCUGCACGUGUGUCGGCGCUCUUUCUCGUCUUUGAUUUCUUCCCUUUUUUUUCAUUGCUUUUUUGUUUGGCUCUUUCUUGUUUCUAUUUGCGCGUUUCUUUGCAUUCUUGUUUUUUCUCCCUCUUAGCUAUCAAAAAUGAGUUCUCAGUACGCUGCUUUUAGCACCGAACAAACAUGCGCUGAUCUUGAGACUGAUGCUGUCAAUGGUCUGACUUCCAUAUCUAGCAUCUCUCAGAGAAAAUUGGUGCAUGGUGAGAAUAUUCUUUCCUCGGAUGAGGAAGACUCUUUAAUCCGCCAGUUCUUGAAGCAGUUUGUCUCGGAUCCUUUAAUUCUUUUGCUUUUCGGAAGUGCCGCCAUUUCUCUUCUUCUUGGAAACGUUAGUGAUGCCAUUAGCAUCGCCUUGGCUAUCUUUAUCGUCGUUACUGUCGGAUUUGUACAGGAAUACCGGUCAGAAAAGUCUUUGCAAGCUCUAAAUAAUCUUGUCCCUCACAACUGUACUGUUAUUCGUUUUGGCAAAGAGCAACUAAUAAAUGCUACCGGUCUUGUUCCCGGUGAUUUGGUCCGUUUGGAAAUCGGUGACCGUGUUCCUGCCGAUUUGCGUUUGACGGAUGCCAUUGAUUUGGAAAUCGACGAGUCCAACCUUACUGGCGAGACUACUCCGCGCUCUAAAACCACGAAGACUCAGCCCAAUGCUGUUUCUCUUGCUGUGAAUGAAAGAAGAAACACUGCCUUUAUGGGCACGCUUGUUCGCCAUGGCCGUGGUAAGGGAAUCGUGGUUGCUACAGGAAAGGAUACCGAAUUUGGUCAAGUGUUCCUGACAAUGCAGGAGACCGAGAAGCCAAAGACUCCUCUUCAACGAAGCAUGGAUCAGCUUGGCAAACACUUGUCCAUGAUUUCUUUUGCCAUCAUUGCCGUCAUUGUGCUCAUUGGUUUUGUUCAAGGAAAGCGUUGGUUGGAAAUGCUUACUAUUGGCGUCAGUCUCGCCGUUGCUGCAAUUCCGGAGGGUUUGCCUAUUAUUGUUACGGUAACCCUUGCUCUUGGUGUCCUGCGUAUGUCCAAAAAUCGUGCUAUCGUUCGUCGGCUACCUAGUGUUGAAACACUCGGUAGUGUCAAUGUGGUUUGUUCAGAUAAAACAGGUACUCUUACUAUGAACCACAUGACGGUUGGAAAGAUCUAUAUUCCUGGUAUGAAAUUUGUUUAUACGUUGCCAGACUCUUCCGUUGAAAAAAUCGCUUCUUCGAACCUUGGAUUCGAAAAACUCUUGCUUGCUGCGUUUCUGUGUAACAAUUCUAAGCUUCGUGACCAGAAGGCGCACUCCAUGUUUGAGUCGGGCUAUGUUGGACUUCCUGUGGAUGUUGCUCUUGCCGAAUGCGCAAGUCGUUUUGGUAUGCAGGACCCUCGUAACUCUUACCCUCGUCUCUCUGAAGUUCCAUUCAGCAGUGACCGCAAGUUUAUGUCUGUCGUGGUUCAACAUGCUCAUCAAAAACUGUGUUGCAUGAAGGGUGCCACUGAGUAUGUUUUGGGUCAAUGUGUUUCCUAUGUGACGGAAGGUGGUUUGGUUUUGGAUAUGACUGAGACUAUGCGAAACGAGAUUUUUGAACGUGAGCGCGAAAUGGCAAGUACCGGUUUGCGUAUUAUUGCUGUGGCUUCCGGAACCUCUUUUGAAAAGCUUGCUUUCCAUGGUCUGUUUGGCAUCAACGAUCCACCUCGUGAAAAUGUUCAUGAAAGCAUCAAGUGCCUGCUCGCAAGUGGUGUUCGCGUCGUUAUGAUUACUGGUGACAGUAUUGUUACUGCCCUCAGUAUUGCUAGAACUUUGGGUCUUCCCUUGCCAAACAGUGAUGAGGAUGCUUCUGGAACGUAUGCUUUGACGGGUGAACAGUUGGACGCUCUUUCGCCAGCUGCUCUUCGUGAGUUAGUUCCUCAGGUGUCUGUAUUUGCGCGUACAACCCCUCAGCACAAGAUGAAAAUCGUUAGUGCUCUUCAAUCUCAUGGCGAUGUCGUCGCCAUGACUGGUGAUGGUGUUAAUGAUGCUCCUGCCCUUAAGCUUGCCGAUAUUGGUAUCGCAAUGGGUCGACAAGGUACGGAUGUGGCUAAGGAAGCCGCAGAUAUGAUUCUGACUGAUGAUUCUUUUGCUACUAUUCUUGCAGCAAUUGAAGAAGGUAAAGGUAUCUACAACAAUAUCCGUAACUUCAUUACCUUCCAGUUGUCCACCAGUGUUGCUGCACUCUCACUGAUCGCAAUUGCUUCUUUAUUCCACUGGCAAAAUCCCUUAAACGCUAUGCAAAUUCUUUGGAUCAACAUUCUCAUGGAUGGCCCGCCUGCUCAAAGUUUGGGUGUUGAGCCCGUGGACGACGACGUUAUGGAGAAGCCACCUCGUCCUCGUAAUGCUCCUAUUAUCACGACUCAUCUUCUGAGACGUGUAUUGUUAAGCGCCUUUCUCAUCGUUGUUGGUACAGUGUUUACCUUUAAGCUGCAAAUGCGUGAUGGCGUCGUCACCGCUCGUGAUACUACGAUGACUUUUACUUGUUUUGUUUUCUUUGACAUGUUUAAUGCCCUUGGUUGCCGUUCAGAAACCAAGUCUGUGUUCGAGUUAGGAAUGUUCUCCAACAGAAUGUUCAAUAUUGCUGUUGGUGGUUCUCUCAUUGGACAAGCACUUGUGAUCUAUUUCCCUCCCUUCCAAGCAAUCUUCCAGACGGAGCCACUUGCAUUCAAAGAUCUCGUCGUACUUGCAGUGUUGGCGAGCUCUGUAUUCUGGCUUGAUGAGUUCAUAAAAUGGUACCGUCGCGAACGCGGCUUAACCCAUUCCAAAAGCACCUACCUUCUGCGCCAUGUUUAGACUGAGUGUUUCAUUUUGGGUUUUGUUUCUUGUUCUGUUUUCUUCUUGUCUAUUGUUUGCCCUUGUGCAACCCGAUUUCUAUUCUUCUAUAUAUUUCUUCUUCGUCAACACCUUCCUUUCUGGUCAGCACUCUGCUACGAAGAACGUACUCAAUGCAUGUUCUUUCAGACUUCUUUCUAAAGUUCUUCGUCCUUCCUUUCAAUUCGAGUGUGUUCGUACUGUAACUGUUCUUGCUUUACCAAGUUGAGAAAUUCACAGUUACGGAAGUCUCUGUAUACACAAGUGUUACUUGUUACGGAAGAAGUUCAUGCUUAGUUUAUACAUUAGAUCGUGUGCUUGCCCCUUUUUAAUAAACUGAAUCUUAGAGCAAAAUCAAAAUUCAUGCAGUUGUGGGAUGGACAGCUUUGAUGCCGGUAUUUGCUCCUUUUUUAUAAAAUCGUUAAUUACGUUAAUUCAUGAUGACAAUGGCUACUAUCUGUAGCA